AUGACCCCCGCUCUACCACCCGAACCUCACUCACAUGAACACGGAUCACAUAAGGCUCCAAAGGUCGUACUCGACGACGUCAGUAUACAUCACUGGCAUCAUUUCCCUCCAUCAUACCUCGCUGCUGAUUUCCGUCUCGAUUCCGAUUCAGCCAUCUUUGGGGAAGAAUUUGAUGAGAGUUGGGAUACAGAACAGACGGAGAGACAUGGUGGAUUGAUGUUGGUACAUGUUGCGAGUAUGGUAAUUGCUUACUUUGGCGCGUUGCCGAUCGGUUUGGCAUUACGUUCAGCUGGUCAUCCUUCUCAUUAUCUCAUCAACGCGGUGUUCAUCGGCAUCGCUACUCUCGGAUGGCUGGCGGGUCUCGCUUACAAGGCUGCUACGCCCAAUCGAUAUGAAGGUUCUGUUCAUGGUGGUUUCGGCAAUAUUCUCCUUCUCCUCUCCAUCUCUUUAGCUGUUCUCGACUCCCUCGGUCUAAUCAAACGUGCGAUCGCCUACUAUAAAUCCCCCGAACGUAACUGGACUUCCCUAGUCCAAUAUGUCUUGCGAGGAGAUGAUCAACCCGAUCAACAUCAUGCGAGCAGGUAUGAAAUGAUAGGUUACACCUCUGCUGAUGACCUUCAUGAGGGAGAUCGUGAAGAAGAGAACCACGAACCACCUAGUCCACCUGUCGCUUUGUUCGCUGUCGGUGAUGACGACGAAGAUGAGGGAGAAGAAGAAGAAACUCUUCCAGCUCAACCGAUAGGAAGACGACCUCCACGUACUUCUCUUCUUUUCCGUCACAUGUCAGCUCCGUCCAGAACUUCCACAAAUUCGACAAAUUCUGCAGCUUCCGAUGGGACACUUCAUGAUACUCCUCCUACCUCCGCAUCCACAUAUGCAUAUGAACAACAUAAAUCUUCCCGCAGAGGGGCGUACGAUGUUAAUCGUGAUUUUGAACAUCCUCGUAAACCUACUCCUUCAGGUCGAGGAGCGUAUGACAUGCAUGAAGACCGCGAAGGGGAUAUCAUCGAUGGCGUAGAUAGCCCAGUGUGGAAUCGAUCUGAAAGGAAAAUUGGGUUGAGAAGAUCUGGAGAAAUACUUCUUACUUGGGUGAGAAGGACACAGGUGGUCAUUGCGUAUGUGUGUUUGUUAUCUGGUUUAGCGACGUAUACGGGUAUGUGCAGAGCGGGUUUGAUCAAUACAUGUUUGGCACAUCUAAUUAAGGGUUCAAUCUUUUUUGGUUACGGAGUUCUCACGUUCGCACGAUACUUAGGUGCCUAUGCCGAUCUUGGUUGGGCAUGGAAUCGUCGUCCUUCUUCUCCUGGUCCCUCAGCAGAGAUGAUAGAAUGUUUUGUCAUUUUCUUAUAUGGUAUCACCAACACGUGGAUGGAAAGAUUUGGUGCUCAGAAGGGUGAUCCUUAUACUGUCAAACAAGUCCAGCAUAUCUCCAUUGCGGUCAUGUUCUGGUUUGCCGGUCUUAUGGGAAUGUUCCUCGAAUCCUCUCGGGUCAAAAAAUUACUAGCUUCAGUUGUGGGUAAAAAUGGGGAUGCAGAUCCUCCCAGUUAUUCAUUCUCCUUCAAUCCCCUUCCAGCAUUAGUCAUCGCCGUGACCGGUCUCGCAAUGGCAGCCCAUCAUCAAGAUUACGUCUUCCAAGUUCAAAUUCAUUCCCUUUGGGGUAUCCUCCUAGCUGGUGGAUCAGCGUUCAGAUUCUUAACUUAUUUCUUCCUAUUCGUUCGUCCUCCAAUCGAAUCUUCUCUACCAUCUCGUCCACCUACCGAAUUACUCACUUCUUUCGGUUACGCAGCAGGUGGAAUAGUAUUCAUGUUAUCUGAUGAAGAGAUAACUUGGGCGGCAAUGAGAACAGGAUGGGAUGAUAUGAUGGCUUUUUUGAACUUUACUGUUGCUCUUACUUCUUUGAUUUUCUGUUGGACAGUUUGUGUUAUGGGUAUCAAAGGAAUGGCUGUUUUGAGAGUAGGACGAAAGAGACAAGAAGGGAGGGUUUAA